AAGGAAGAAGAAGGAAGAAGGAGAAGCAGCAGCAGCAGCGAUCGAGGAAGAGAGAGAGAGAGAGAGAGAGAGAGAGGGGAGGGGGAAAAUGGCGUUGCAGUGGAUGAUACUGGCGUACGUGGUGGCGGCCGAGGCGGCGCUGGCCCUCCUCCUGACCCUCCCUUCCCCGAAGCUCCUGAAGAACCACCUCGUCUCCCUCGUCUCCCUCGCCCUCCAGCCCGCCCUCUUCGUCGUCCCCUUCGCCGGAUUCCAGCUCCUCGACAUAUAUUGGAAGAACGAGCACCGCCUGAUGUGUACGUCGGAGAUCUGCACCGCGGCCGAGCGAGACCGAUUCGAGAAAGCGAUCUAUAAAGCACAAAGGAAUGUGAUUCUAUGUGUUUCAGCCUGCCUUCUUUAUUGGUGCAUUUAUCGCAUUUGCAAAUACUACAAAGAAAUUCAGAAGUUGGAGGAAAUAGAGAAGAGGUUCAAGGAUCAGUAAUAUCAUCCGUGUUCUUUAGUUCCUCCAGAUGGUUGACUGAGUUACUUCUGGAUGAAGUAGCUACUGCCUCUAAAAAUCUCCUCUUGCUUUGACCCUUUUUUUCCAUCUCUGUGUACUUUCAGUUUCGUACUUGAUUUUCAUGUACCUUACGUUCCUCCAGCUUAGACUAGAUACUUUACCGAUGCAUAUAGCUGUUUGGAUGUAAGAUGCUUAUUUGUUUCUUGCUUGUUUUUGUCGAGAUAUAUUGCAGAUACCGGAUUUAAGCGGAGUAGAAUACUAUAAUUGAUUUGGGGUCUUAA